AUGCUUAUCGAUGGCGAGAAGUGGGCAUACCGUCCUUUGACCCUUAUAAAAAAAAAAGGACGACCAGUCUCUCAGUGCCUUCACUGUCGUACUCUACGCGAAUCACGAUCAGCACAUGUCAAGUGUGGAUGUGGCCCUGCUAACCCAGAAAAGAGGAACGCUGAAACUCGAAAUUCCUAUCCGCAAUGUAAUUGUGCUCGUGGGGAACGUUGUGCUUGUGCGCUCAAGACAGAGCCGUCCAUGGAUCCUGUUUCGGAACCAUCUUGGGCAGAUUCUCAUCCUCACCAUGAAAGCAAUAACACGUUAGCCGAGACAGAAAGUGCAGUAGCUGUACACAGCGAAGAUUAUUCCAACUACUCUGGACAAUUCUAUUCGAUACAGACAAGCGCGUCAGCAAAUGCACGCGAAUCUCAAACGUUAGAUCAACACACCAGCCUCCAGUACAACUCUGCUGAGGACAACCUCCCCACAAAUCCAGUUAUGCUGCCUGCAGAAAUAUCAUACUUUACUGGCCUUUCUUCAGCCAUGGUGCCUGAACACCCAGCACAAACGGCUCGUGAUGACUCCUCGGUCCAGCCCCUAAUGGCAGAGAGUCCUAAUUUGGAUAUGUCCUUAUUCUCCGCUGUUGACCUUCCAGCAAUGACCACCCUGGGCGGAUCCAUGAACGACAUCAAUUCUGGAAACUUCUACGGAGAGGAAGUGUUUCCUUCCACUUAUACGCGGUUUAUACCAGGUCUCACUGAAGCAGACGCCUAUACUUUGGAUUGGGAGGGGCUACAGCCAGAUUUGUUGGGUUCUGGCAAUGCUGAACUUCUUGAACAUAUGCCACACGCCUUCGCCCCUUAUGAUCCACGAUUUUCAGCACCGUUACUACCAGACAGGAUUGGCCAAGUGGAGGAACUGGGAUCAUCUUCAAACCGGGGAAAUAAGGGGAUUAGUCAACCCUACACUGGUCAAAAUACAUGA